AUGACUUCUCCAUUGGAAGAGGUAGGUGGAAAACUGCGGGCGAACAGGAGCACUGCGCUUUCUCAUCACUCCUCUAAACAAAGAGACAUCGUUUCCUCUCCUGGUUCUUCUCCUGAUACCUCAGGUACACAAGCAGAGUACUCCUGUAUGUCCAUACUUUGUUUUCUCCAAUUCACAGUGAGUGGGCGGCUGCCUCGGUCGACUCUGAUGCCUGACAUCACACAUCUCGAACUGCUGGUGGUUGUAGGGCCUGAUGUCCAGCAGAUCCACAAGCAGGAUACAGAACGGUACAUCCUCACCAACCUCAACAUUGCCUCAGAGCUGUUGAGAGACAUGGCCCUUGGCGCCAACAUGAGGGUGCACCUGGUCCGCAUGAUCAUCCUGUCAGAGCCAGAGCCAGAGAUCCAAAUGUCUCCCAACAUUACCUCCUCUCUCAGAAGUGUUUGUGACUGGGGCAGAAGGAUAAACCCCUCAAAUGAUACAGACCCACUUCACGCUGAUCUUCUGUUAUACAUUACAAGGUACGACCUGGUGUUGCCUGAUGGGAACAAGCAGGUCAGGGGUGUAGCACAGCUGGGGGGGGCUUGCUCCAGUGAAUGGAGCUGUGUGAUCACAGAGGACACAGGCUUUGACCUAGGGAUCACCAUCACUCAUGAGAUUGGCCACAGUUUUGGAAUAAACCAUGACGGAGUAGGAAACACCUGCAGCAGGAGUGGGUUCAUGAUGGCCUCUGACGGGGGCUACAACAGUGUGGAUCUGACCUGGUCGCCCUGCAGCAGAGAGCAGCUGCUCACAUUCUUCAGAGAAGGAAAAGCUGAAUGUGUGACGGACCUGCCUUCACUGGGAGGCUCUCUACAAGACUGGAAGCCUGGCCUGUAUUAUGGAGUUGAUGACCAGUGCCGUAUAGCUUUUGGUAGCACUGCAAGAGCCUGUUCUUUCACUAAUCCUGACCUGCCAACGUGUCGUGUCCUGUCCUGUCACCUUCACCCUGAUGACGACAGCUCCUGCAAACGUCUCCUGGUCCCUCUGCUGGACGGGACAGAGUGUGCACCUAAUCAGUGGUGUCUGAAGGGGCGUUGUGUGUCGGCUGAUGAGCUCAGCUCCUCAGUGGUGGUGCAUGGCUCCUGGUCCAACUGGUCUGAGUUCUCCCCCUGCUCCCGGACAUGUGGCGGGGGAGUCUCUCACCGCACACGGAAAUGCAAUAACCCAAGACCGGCUUUUGGAGGGGAUGAUUGUGAGGGACCGGAUAUUGAGGCUGGACUUUGUCACCAGCAGCCAUGUGAGCAAAUGCAGCUUGAUUUCAUGGCAGAGCAGUGUUCCCAAACAGACCUCCACCCCCUCUACCUGCUACCAAACACCGCCUCUUUCUACACCUGGAUCCCUGCUAUAGGAUUUGGACAAGGGGCGGAGCAGUGCAGAUAUAUGUGCCAAUCAAAAGGAGAACAUUUCCUAGUGAGCCGGGGCUCUCAGUUUGUGGAUGGGACUCGCUGUGAGUCAGACAGCCCGCCUCAAUAUGGCUCCAGAGCUACAUGUCUCAGAGGGAAAUGCCAGCUGUUUGGCUGUGAUGGUGUGCUGCAUUCUGGGAAAGUGAUGGAUGUGUGUGGGGUAUGCGGUGGAGGCGGAUCAUCCUGCACUUUGACCUCUGACUCCUACACUGGUGGUCAGGCUAGAGAGUACACCACCUUCCUCUCUCUGCCGGUGAAUGCCACACAGGUUCAUAUUGUCAACAGAUCACCUCUGUUCACUCAUAUGGCUGUAAGGGUUGGGGAUCGGUACAUUGUGUCCGGGACAAGCAGCAUGGCCCUGAGUAUGACCCACCCCUCCCCACUGGAAGACCACCAUCUAGAGUACCGCCUCCACCUGACCCCCGACCUUUUGCCCGAGAUGGAGGAGCUGCUGCUUCCAGGGCCGCUGACAGAAGAGAUAAACGUACAGGUGUAUCGCAAAUAUGGAAAAGAAUACGGAGAGAAAACAAAUCCGAACAUCAGCUACCAGUUCUAUUUACCUAACAGAAACAGUGACUUGAUAGAGAUCCACCCUAAAGGCAAAUGGGCGGUCUUCACAGCGCCGUGCUCUGUCUCCUGCGGCUCUGGUGAGAGGCUGUUUAUUAUGAGUCAUAUAGAAAAGAACAAAGACAAAACAGAAAAAAAUAUCUGCUAGUAGAUUCCAUAAUUAACUCACAG